AUGUCCGCCGCCGCGGUGAGCGCCUACAGCGAUUCUCCCUGGGUUCUUGCACACCUUAUUCAUACCUUCGGACUUCCAGAAACUCUGUGCUGCGAUGCCCUUCACGAUAUCACUUCAUUGUCGGAGAUUAGCGCCUGCAGUCAAGUGUCGACUAAGCAGCCCUGCAAGUCCAACAGUAUGAUGUUUGAGUGA